CUCCCCACAACAAGUGUCGUCCUCCUCUUGAAGUCUCUCUCUCUCUCUCUUCUCAUAAAAAAACGCAACAAACAAACAAUGCCUUGUCACAUCCUUUCUCAGUCCAUUUCCAUGUGCCCACUGGUCUCCUCUUCAUACGCGCACCAUAAUCUCACUACCAAAAUCCCAAAAUUCACCCUUAGGGUUUUCUAUUCAUCUCACUCUUCCCGAUUACAGCAAUAACAAUCUUCGAUUCUUUCUACAAUUUUUUGUUUCUUCUUCUUCUUCUUCUUUGUUUUCUUCUGUCUUCAACAUCUUCUUCUCCUUCCAUUUGAAUUUUUAGUAUUGAAGCAUGGAGCAACAGCACCAACAGCAGGAGUUGGAGAAUAAGCAGGAGGUGGAGCCAGCUUCGGGCUUGUACAAGCCUCGUCUCCAAGAAGAGAGUUCGGUACUCGAAGUCGACGCUAUGAGCAUCGAUCAAUGCGAGACGAUCCGUGAAAUGGAUGAUUCGCAGCUCGUCGGAGCUCCUGCGGCAGCGAACGCGGGGGUUACCAAGACGCCGGGGAGAGGAGGUGGGUGCCUCGUGGAUGUCGAGGUCAAGCUCAAGCAGGAGGGGGAGACGGGGCCGGGAGUUGUGGAGACGAUUACGGGGAAGAGGCGGCGGGGUCGGCCGCCGAGAGGUCAUCCGAAAACGACGCCUCCUCCUGCGCCGCCGCCGAGAAAGAAGGACGAAGAGGACGUUUGUUUUAUAUGCUUUGAUGGUGGGAGUCUUGUGCUGUGUGAUCGCCGGGGCUGCCCGAAGGCAUACCAUCCUGCCUGUAUCAAGCGUGAUGAUGCAUUCUUUCGAUCAAAGGCUAAGUGGAAUUGUGGAUGGCACAUAUGUAGCAGUUGUCAAAAGGCGUGUCAUUACAUGUGCUACACUUGUACAUAUUCUGUGUGCAAAGGAUGCGUUAAGGAUGCAGAUUACUUGGGUGUUAGAGGGAACAAAGGAUUUUGUGGAACCUGCAUGAGAACUAUAAUGCUGAUUGAAAAUGCUGGGCAGAAGGAUAAUGAAACGGUUCAAGUGGACUUUGAUGACACAAGUAGUUGGGAGUAUUUAUUCAAGGUGUAUUGGCUCUACCUCAAAGGAAAGCUGUCUCUAACUCUAGAGGAGCUCACGAAAGCUAAAAAUCCUUGGAAAGGAACUGCUAUCAUGGCUCCUAGGGUGCAAUAUUUUAGUGACCCCUAUGGUCACAAUGAUCACAGAGGUUCUUGUUCAGAUAAUACAUGUGCAGACCUGAUUGCAAAUCAUGAUAAAAGGAGAAAGACUCAGAUACCAACAAAUCUCAACAAGAUGGACUCUCUAAGUACUGAAGAUUCAGGUGGUGACAAAGGGAUGGAUUUCCCAGAAGAUACAAAAUGGGCAACAAGUGAGCUUCUGGAUUUUGUGGCACAUGUGAAUAAUGGAAAUACAUCCGUGCUAUCAAAGUAUGACGUCCAAAAUCUUUUCUUGGAGUAUGUGAAGAUAAACAAUCUUCGUGAUCCAAAUCAGAAAUGUCAAAUUAUUUGUGAUGCGAAGCUUGCAAGAUUGUUUGGGAAAGAAAGAGUGGGUCACUUUGAAAUGCUAAAGCUAAUUGAAAAUCACGUUCUCAUUCCAGAAAAUUCUCCAGCUGCUAAUACCGACAAAGUGGGUGUUACUGGAGCUGUUCCUUGCCAAGUGGAGGCUGAUGGAAACAAUUAUAUUCCAGUAAUGGGAAAUGAUAGGAAGCGUAAAAUGCGUAAAAGGGUUGAUGAGAGAGGACCACUUGUUAAUCCUCAUGAUUAUGCAGCAAUUGAUGUUCAUAAUAUUAACUUGAUAUACUUGAGACGUACUUUAGUGGAGAAUCUAAUUGAUGAUGAAAAGAAAUUUCAUGAGAAGGUCGUUGGCUCGAUAGUGCGCAUAAGAAUUUCUGGUAGCGAUCAAAAGCAAGAUAUAUAUAGGCUGGUGCAAGUUGUAGGUACAAGCAAGGUGGCAGAACCUUACAAAAUUGGCUCAAGAACAACUGAUGUCAUGCUUCAAAUAUUAAAUUUAGACAAGAAAGAGGUUAUCUCGAUUGAUGAGAUUUCAAACCAGGAGUUCUCUGAGGAUGAAUGCAGACGGCUACGUCAGAGUAUAAAAUGUGGGCUCAUCAAACGUUUGACUGUGGGUGAGAUUCGGGAGAAAGCUGUGGCACUUCAAGCCGUGAAAGUCAACGAUUGGCUGGAAGCUGAGAUAUUACGACUCAAUCAUCUUCGUGAUCGAGCGAAUGAGAAGGGACUAAGAAAAGAGCUUAGAGAAUGUGUUGAAAAAUUAGAGCUCUUGAACUCGCCUGAGGAACGUGAGAGACGGCUGCUUGAUAUCCCAGAAGUACACUGUGAUCUGAAAAUGAAUCCAAGUUAUGAGUCAGAAGAUGAAUUGGAUGGGAAGAAAAAAGGUAACCACAUGAGAGCAAGGGGUCCUGAUUUUAGUAAGAAAGAAAACACACCAGUCUCCUCUCGAAGAGGAGUGAUUCCUACACCAAAGUCAAUGGAAGAUUUGGGAGCGCAGGCAGCUGAAGUUAAACAGUCUGUCUCUUCAAGUGUUUUGGUUCAGGAUUCUGGUAUUAGCUGGAGCACUGCAUCCAGUCUUGUGGGUGGUGGAACACAAAUUCGUGAAGUAGCUGGAGAAUGGAGUACAUAUUCCUCUACUCCGGCCAAACCUUCUGUUGAGGAAUGGGACCCCAGUCUUGUGGCUGGUUCUUUGAAACCACCUAAAGUGGCUGUCGAGCAUGUUGCUACACCAACUUCGGGUUGUGCUCAAGUGACUCAUUCUUCUCCACCCCACCCCACCUCCAAUGCAUCUGAUUGGCCAACCAUUAUGACAGAAGCCAACGAUUGUGAUGAGUCUGUUUCAGAUCUUUUGGCUGAAGUUGAAGCAAUGGAAUCUCUUAAUGGCUUACCUUCCCCUACUUCAAUUUUACGGGAAUUGACACAAGGUUCUGAUGAUGACUGUUUUAGUCCCGUAGAGGGGCUAAGCCCAGCACCCGAUCUAGGGAAAAAUGAUGCCCUGAGUUCCACAAAUGAUUUUCAGAUGCCAUCUCAGUCAAAUGUUAAGGAUGAACCACUAGUAUUGUCUCACAUCAACUUUCUUGAUCGUCAAAAGGUUUCCGGUGGGCUUUCUAUCACAAAUUCUGAAGUCGAAGAAGAUAAAAAGCCCAUUGAUCUUUCAAUUAACCAAUGUGAAGCAGGAUCGGAUAUCCCACCUCCAGCACGGCCUGUGACAAGUUGGGAAGUGACGCCCUCGGUGAGUAGUGCUUGGAGUGUGGGAUCAGAACCUUCAGGUGUUAGUUGGAGUGCAGUUCAAGGUAAUCCAAACUUGAGCUGGGCAGCACUAGUUCAAGCAACAACAAAUAUGAGCUGGGAAACUGGUCAGGGGACGACGGCUCAGGAAAAUGCAAGCAUGAGUUCGGGGAAUGCAACAGGAAAUCCAGCUCCGUGGGGAAGCCAGCUGAGGUACAGUAGUGAUAGGUCAUCCGGUUCAAGGGAUCGUGAUUUUCUGGGCAGGGACUCCAAUUUUGGUAAGGGCAGGUCCUUGUGGAAUAAUAGGCAGUCAUCUUAUGGUGCUCACGGAACGGGAUCUGUUAGUAAGCCUCCGCCCAAAGGGCAGCGAGUUUGUAAAUUUUAUGAAAGCGGAUACUGCAAAAGGGGAGCUUCAUGUAGUUAUUGGCACCCAUGAUUUUAUAUUUUACACGUGCAGUUGUGUGAAUUGGUGGCUCUAUAUUCAUUAUUUUUACUAGGAACUGUUAUAUUGUUGAUGCUCUAAUUUAACUUUGCAAAAGCAUCGGCCAUUCAACUCCCAUAAUACAAGUUACUUGAUUCCAUAGUGUAUUAUUUU